AACGAACAGGCGAGUGAGACGACUGAGUUGUUCAAACAGCGUAUGUAAGAUACUGUUUGCUCAGGUUUUUUGACUGUUGGUAUAUCGGUUGGGUACGCAUCUGGGCUCUUUGAUACAAUGGCGAAACUAGGUAGACCAUGCCACGCCAAGGACAUUGCUGAGGCUGCGGGUAUGAAGGAAAGGUAUGUCAGGGAAUGGCUUGGUGCCAUGGUAACUGGAAGAAUAGUGGAAUUUGAUACUUCUGACGAGACAUAUGUUCUCCCUUCACAUAGAAUAGAAGUGCUGUGCCGGCAACGUGGGGAUGGAUCUGAAGCAGUCGUAUCAGAGGCAGUUCCUGCAAUAUGUGAAGUCUACUCAGAUAUUUUAAAGUGCAUGGAAAUAGAUGGUCCGAAAGGACUACCAUAUUCAAGAUACAAUCUGUUUUCAAAAUGGCUGGAGUUAAAGGAAGAAACAAGAGCGGAUUUCACACCAAGUAAAUAUCUAUCUGAGGUAAACGAAGUUAAACAGAUACUUGGAUUAUCGACACUGGUUUGUGAAAUUGGUUGUAGCUCUGGUACGGGAUUGUGUCGUUUAGCUACAGACUAUCCCAACCCUAGAUAUUAUGGUAUCGAUAUUUCCCAGUCCGCUAUUAAAACUGCAAAGUCACUGGCAGAGACAGCUAAUCUAAGCAACGUAACCUUUAGUUGUACCGACACCACAAGGUUACAGGAUGAUUGGGAAGCUAAAUUCGAUGUGGUGUAUUGUAUGGACGUGGUCCAUGAUGUACCUCGACCUGACAUACUUUUAAAGGAAAUCCAUCGCAUCUUGAAAAAAGGUGGAUUUUUCAUCAUGGUGGAUAUUAAUGGUCACACCAAGUUAGCUGAUAAUAUGGCCCUACCUUUCGCAUCUGUGAACUACAUGUUUAGUUUAUUUGCCUGCAUGCCAAUGUCACUGUAUGCAGAUGGCUGGGGUCUUGGAUCAAUGUGGGGCCAGGAAAAAGCAUUUGAAAUGCUGACUAAUGCACAUUUUGAAUGUUUGUCAAUCUCUGAUUGA